AUGUUUCUUCCACCGCUGAUCCAAGAGAAGCGGGAGGACGAAUUUAUUAAGUUGAGACAGGGAACUCUUAGCGUGGCUGAGUAUGAAGGGAAAUUUACUAAACUUUCUAAGUACGCUUCAGAGUUGGUGGUUAAUGAGCGGAAAAGGAUUAGACAUUUUGUGCAAGGGCUUAAUGUGGAGAUUCAAGAGGGGUUGGCAGCAGUCCAAAUCUCUAUGUUCACUGAAGCCUUAGAGAAAGUGCAAAGGGUUGAAAGUGCAAGGUUGCAAGUUAGGGAUUUCCAUACUAAGAAAAGGAAUUUUCCUAGUUACUCCUCUGGACAAGCUAGUAAAAGUGCUCCACCUCCCAAGAUGGGAAGAGGAACGGGAGGAGUAAGGACCGCUGGAGCUCCAAGAGGGGCUUUAUCAAAAGGAGGUCGUAGUGGACAAGGUCAAGCGAGAGAAGUACCUUCUAGUGGUCCGGCCGUAAUUUCUCAAAUUAGUUGUGGCUACUGUGGCAAGCCAAAUCACUCGGAGAAUGAUUGUUGGAGGAAAUCGGGAAAGUACCUGUAUUGCGGUAGUGCCGAGCACCAACUCGCAAGUUGUCCGAAUGCGCCAAAAGUAGGAGGUAGUGCUGGAGGAAGUCGACCUAGAGUACCGGCUAGGGUUUAUGCACUGGAUCAUCAACAAGUUCCUGAUUCUACUGAGGUGGUCGAAAGUACAAUUCAUGUUUUCCACUGUUUAGUUAAGGUUUUAAUUGAUCCGGGUGUGACGCAUUCUUUUGUCAACCCUAAUUUUAUGAGUGGAAUAGAUGUGAAGCCAAUUAAAUUACCUUAUGAUUUAGAGGUUAGAACACCUAUUGGGGAUCAAAAUUUAAUAGCUAACUUGGUAUAUAGGGAUUAUGAGAUAUGGGUUGGAGAACGGAAAUUACUGGCCGAUUUAAUGGGCUUAGCGAUUAAAGGAUAUGAUGUUAUUUUAGGAAUGGAUUGGUUAGCUCGCUACAAUACACAGUUGAAUUGUAAGACAAAAAUGGUAGAGUUGUGCAUUCUAGGAAAGGCAACCCUAAAAUUGGAUGUAUGGGGUAGAUUAGCCUCAUCUGCUCUUAUUUCAGGAACUCAAGCUAGAAAGAUGUUGAGUAAGGGAGUUUAA